GUCCCCAGAAAAUCAAGAAACGCGCGUGCGCAGCCGCAAAAAGAGCCAGUCGACCGUCGACAGUCUCCGCGUAGAGUCAACUCGAAUCGUGAUCCGUGUUCUCCAGAGUGCACUGCAUAUCAUUCGUAUCAUUCGCAGCAACUUGUUUUCAAAGUCAUUACGUGUCGGCCAGUCGCUAAACAAAUUGUGCAUUUAAAAAAAAAAACACUUGCAAGACCAAGUGCAAAUCAGACAAUUUAUGCCAUUUUUUUGUGGGUUUUCUGGAGCUUCCUGACACAAAGUGCAUCGGCUGCAUACGAAAUCCGGGGAAAAAAUUGAAAAGGGAAAACAAAAAGACACGGCCAAUAUGCAAAUCAAUAAGCACUCGCUUCUGGUUCUCCUGCUUUUGGGCCUGGUUUUGUGGACGGAUUCCUCGCAAGCCGCUCGUCGCCUGAGGAAGAAACCGAAGGUCUACAAUGCCCUGAUCACCACCGACGAUAAUCUGACCUCCAGCCGGGCCUAUCCGGUCAUCCAGCCCACCAUCCACGAGCCGGGAUACGCCCCCUUUGGCCCGUAUAAUCCCUACGGCUUCUACAGUCCUCCACUGGUGAGAUUCGGCCAACCAAUUGUUCCUGGUCUAACGCCCAACGAGAGGCUCCCCUAUCCAUUGCCUUCGCCUGCUCAGUACCCAAGUGGCUUUGCUCCCUAUGAGCCACAACAGCCUGUGGAAACCCCCGUGGAACAGCAGCCCCAGCCGGAAUUGCCACCUGGAUCCGUGGAGCCGCAGGAGGUGCCCAAGGAUCAGAUGCCACUGCCACUCAAUCAGCAGGGAUUGCCGCCAGUGCUGAUUCCCCUGCCCUCCCAGUAUAGAGGACAACCCACCCACCUGCCCCCUUAUCCCUACAGUCAGUUUCCGGUGAUCUACGAUCAGGCGGGUUAUAUAAGACAGAACUAUCUGCCGCCCUAUGAUUACUACCCCACUCAUGGCUAUCCCAUUCGAACGGGCACUGCUGCGCCUCCGGCCACGCCCCCUGCCCAGGAGAAUCAGCCCCAGAAUCCCCCCGAGAUACCGAAUGAAAUAAAAACCAUAUCCCUGGAUAAUCUGGAACCAGCGCAGCCCAGUUUCGAGGACAUUCGCAACGGAUCGGAGAGCAAAAACAGCGCGGUUCCCGAUGUCCCACCUCCGCCAAUACCCUCCGGACCCAAACGUCCGAGACCCGCGGAUCCGGAUAACUGAUGGCCAACCGGAUAAGCCGGGUCACUCAGUUUCCACACACGUAUUUAUUACCAUUUCGCUUAGGCAUAAUAUCGAUUCGAUUGUACAAUGUAGCUAAGAGUAAGAGUUCAUUCAGAGAUAACGAAUAAAUAAUACAAAAUCGCCAA